UUAUGGCAGUGGUUAGAAUUUAAGGAGGCAAUGUUUUUCUCCGUAAGAUAAAAAAGCCAUCGGAGCAGAGUUGCCGUAACAAGGCUUGUCAUGCCACGAUUAAAAUGGUGACACGGCAAACAGACACUUCAGAAGAAUUAAGCGUCCAUCCGUGAGGAAGGGAUGAGUCUCAAGCCUCGGAGUUUGCUGUUUGUGUUGUCGGGGUCGUCGGGUCGGAGUUUGAGGUCUGCCGUGCUGCCCGUGGAUUAACGCAAGGCUCCAUUCCGCUGUCAUCUGUCGGUUAAAGUAUGGACCUGAGGACUGUGCCUUUGCUUCGAGUGUGAGCUGGCGUGGUCAUGGAAAAAUGCGUUUUUUUUGAAGCAAGUCAACACUGAAGGACUCCGGAUCAGAAGCGCGGACACUUGUUGAAAAUACAACUUGGAAGCUGAGCUAACUGUUAGCACGCUCGCGGCUAACCCAGCAACCUACUUUUCAUGACUAUUUUAAGACAAACAAGCUGGAGACGACUCAGUCGGAUGUAUGUUGGCCGAGCUUUUGUCGAAUGACAGCGUCGACGAGUCCGUGUUUUCAUUUGCGUGGAGUGCGUGGAAAGGUUACAGGUGGAUGUGAAAGCUCAGUCAUUUAGCUAGCGCAGCUACUUGCUAGCCCGCUCACGUCCGUGUUCUGUUUCACAGCUCUGACAACAUCUUCUUCUUCUAAAGUCACAACAAUAGCAACUUUUUUUUUAAGUUGCGGGCAAAUGCUUGAUUAACUCAGUUGUGACAAGUUCUUUUCAUCCCGCCCCCCCUCAAAUACACAUCCAUAUAUACCAAUGGGAUAUACGUCAACUUUUUGAUGGAGUACCACCCACAGAAAGAUCUUGGAAGAUAAAUAAUAUCUUUUUUUUUUUUUUUAAUUUUCAAAGUAGUUGAAGGGCGCAGCAUGUCCGGCUCCCCAGGCGCAGGGGGCUCGAACCCACGGAAGUUCAGCGAGAAGAUAGCGCUGCACAACCAGAAGCAGGCAGAAGAGACGCUGGCCUUCGAACAGCUGAUGACGGACCUGACUGUCUCAAGGGUGCAGUUUCAGAAGGUCCAGCAGCUUCGUUUGUCUCAGCCACGACCACAGUACUAUGGAGGGUCUUUGCCCAAUGUCAAUCAGAUAAGCAACACCAACACUGAAUUUCAGGCUGGCUUUCCAUCGGGACUGGAUUCCGUUCGAGGUACUCGCCACCAUGGGCUGGUUGAGAGAGUGCACAGGGAACGCAACCGCAUCAACGCUCCCCAUCGCAGACCCAUUGACAAGCAUGGGCGGCAGAUAGAGAGCUCUCCGUAUGGAACGGUAUACCUCUCCCCUCCUCCGGACAACAGCUGGAGAAGGGAUCAGCCUCCAUGGAGUGAGGAAAAACGACCAGGGUUUAGAUUGAUAUCACAACUCAACAGAACCAACUCAGACUCUGCUCUUCAUACAAGUGCUAUGAACCCACAGGACCCCUUCAGCGUGAACAGGCAGAUGGGCCGAGGUCCCCCUCAGCGCAAUGGCUGGCAUGGAGCUUGUAUAAAUGAGACACAGGUGGAUGGGUCUGGAGAUGUGUUUUCCUUUCCAACGCUACCAAACGACGAGAGUCUCCCCGGUGUCAGUAGGCCCCUCCCCAAGCAACUGUGGGAAGCCAAAAAGGCCCAAUCUCUUGCAUCAAGGCCUAAAUCCUGUGAAGUGCCUGGUAUCAAUGUUUUCCCUUCUCCAGAGCAAAAUUCUGGUCUUCCCCACUACCAGGGCUCAUUGAACACUGGAGGCUCUCUACCCGAUCUCAGCAACCUGCACUUUCCCUCCCCGCUCUCCACUCCACUGGACCCUGAAGACAAUGGAGGAUACUCUAAUAUUAGUGGGGGAAGCAGCACCGGAAACCUGCCGGCCGCCAUGAUGCACCUGGGCAUUGGCAACUCACACGGCCUCUCCUCUUCUCUGAGUAAUCCUGCAAUGCAAGCGUCCCUUAACAACUGCCAGCUUCCUGUUUCUCUCAGCAAUCCCCCCAUUAACUCAUCUCUGCGUCUCUCUGGUAACUCUCCUCGACGAAGACCAGCACCUAUCAGCCCCCUCACCCUGUCUCCUGGUGCGGAGCAACGUAGGGGUCUGACUAAGCAGUUGUCUCCCACUAUGUCCCCAUCACUGUCCCCUAUCACACAGAGAGUUGCUUUAGAUACCAGCAACAUGCCAAGGGAACCUCCCCCUCCUUAUCCGCUCUACCAGCAAUCCCAACAUGGAGCGGACCAGUCCCUCACGUUGCAUCAACAGCAACCUGUGUCCCCUCAAGACUUUAACCCAAGUCAACAGUCUGGCUGUUUUUUUUGGCAGCACAACAUGGCAGCACUCUCUAGUGAUUCCUUCAUGGAGCAGUGGUUCUCUAGUCGCCAGAGCAAAACCCUCCCAUACCAGUUGGACCACUUCAGUCUGUUGGAAAACGCAAUGACUUUCACAGCAGCUACAUCUUGCUUCGACCCUUCUUCUUCCUCCCUGUACUACUCCCAGGCAGGCCUUACAGGACUGGGUGGUAGCCACGGUAACUUGCAUGACCCCAUGCACAUGAGUUCAAACAUGCUGUACUCCAACUGCAGUGGAGGAGUGCCCAACAUCAUACUCACUGCAGAUGACUCCCACCACAGUCUGUCUAAAGACAUCAGCAGCGUGCUCUCCACCGUGCCCGAGUGUUUCGACUCGGAAGGAGGCUUCCCCCUGGAAGACGAGCUGCACAUUGAGCCCCUUAGCCUGGACGGUCUGAGCAUGCUCAGCGACCCUGACAUGGUGCUGCCGGACCCAUCUGUGGAGGAUACUUUCCGCAGCGACAGACUCUGAAUGUGACUUGUCACACACACACACACACACGCACACAAACACACACACACAUUUACAGUGUAGCCCGGGGAGUGCAUGAAUGUGAUUCUGCAUGUUUUGAUGCAUGUAUUGACUGCCACAAAGCAUCAUGAGCGAGGUGGACACCACGCAAACAAUUCUACCCUUUCUGAGAAGUUGGAUGGUAAAGGAAAUUCGUUUACAUCCGACAAAAGCCUCACGCUCGCUUAAGCUCACGCUUGUCGUGCAUUAGUGUCGGUUAAAAAAAAAAAAAAAAACAGUUGUUGUUCUGCAGGCUGCCUCUCCCGCUUAAAUGGGGAGGAAAUCCAAUGAGCAGUCGAGGCCGUCCGUUGUCCUUUUUUUUUUUUUUUUUUGUCAGUCCCCUUUGUAGCCAUGGCAACAUUAUCACCAUGGCUACAUACCAUUGCCGAGCUGCAGAGAUGCCAACACGCAGUUGACUUUUCUCACAGCUCCCAUAAACAAGUGUCUGAUCAGAGGUGCUCUGCUGGAGUCGCGCCACACGCGUGGAAACUAAUGUCAAGUACCACCGAGCGGCUUCAGGCUCUCUGACAAUCACGUCGAAUGAUGCAAUGAAAAUUCUAUCAAAUUAUUUUUGAGGCUACACACAAAUAUAUAUAUAAAUAAAAAAAUACAUAUAUAUUAAUAUAAGUCACACUUUUUAGUAAGAUUAGAAUGUACUAGACAACAAAAAGGGCAAAGUGUUUACAAAGAAAUGAUUUGAAGUUUAUGUUACUUAUUAUAACCAAGAGCUAAACUGGUGAGAUGUGCUGCAUAAAGACUAUAUUCCCUCAGCAGGGAUGUUGUUUGCAUCCAUUUUUAAAGAUGAAAUUCACGUUUUUUGUUUUUUUUAAUACAUUGGUGUAUGUUGUAUUUUGAAGUUUUGUAUGGACUUGUACUGGCGCUUGCACUGUACCUAGGCUGUUGUGAUAAAGGGCAUGUAUACCACUGUGCAUCAGUUCCGUUUGCAGUCGGAGACUGAGCAAAGACUUAGUGACUGAGUGCAGAAGGCUCUUGUGGACAUGGGACACCAUGUAACAUUGCACUUAUUGUCUUUUGCACUAAUUGGUCCACCCUGUCUUGCACCACCCCGCUGUUGUUUUUACACGGCAACCCAAAGAAUCAAGUGUUGAGUUCAUGUUCAGUUAUCGAGGGUAAUAUUUACUUAUAUGUUUGUAGAACUGAUUUAGAGAAAUAUGCCAUUUUGGGCAAUGAGUGCCCCCUACUGUUUUUUCAAUGUGGUUCAUUAAAGGAUAUAAGAGCAUUGCUCUGUUCAGCUAUGCAGCUCCCCCCCUCCCCCACCUGUUGAACAGGUGUGCCAUGUACACUAUGCAGUGUAACUACAUGCAGCUUCCUAAUAUGGAAGGAGCAAAACAAUAUUACAUGUGUCCGGUGUCCACACUGUUGGGUUUUCUCCAGUCUGCCAGUCCCAAAUACUACAGCGUCCGUGACAGGGGUGUCCAAAGUGUCCACUUUUUUAACGCAUGAGAUGUGUUUUUUUCAUGAGAUAUCAACUCCAGGCAGCACGGUGGCAGAGGGGUUAGUGUUUCUGCCUCACAAUAUGAAGGUCCUGAGUAGUCCUGGGUUCAAUACCGGGCUCAGGAUAUUUCUAUGUGGAGUUUGCAUGUUCUCCCCGUGACUGCGUGGGUUCCCUCUGGGUACUCCGGCUUAAUCCCAUUGCCAAAAGCAUGCACCUGGGGAUAGGUUGAUUGGCAACACUAAAUUGGCCCUAGUGUGUGAAUGUGAGUGUGAAAUUUUUCUGUCUAUCUGUGUUGACCCUGCGAUAAGAUGGCGACUUGUCCAGGGUGUACCCCGCCUUCCGCCGGAUUGUAGCUGAGAUAAGCACCAGCACCCCCCUGCGACAACAAAGGGAAUAAGCGGUUGAAAAAUGGAUGGAUGGAUACCAAUUCCAUUCUGUGAGUUUGAAUUGAGGUUUCAGACAGGAAGUAGAAUUCCAAUUUGGAUUAAAUGAAGUACAGUAGGAAGACGCUUCAUAUUGCCCCAUUUGAAAAAAAAAAUAUUCACUGAGUCACCAGAUGUCAGUGUUGAGUAUCUUAAAAUGUGUUUUGUGGCAAUUCCAACUUUGAUCACAGCGCCAGAAGAGUGGCGCUUUCCAUCAUUUUUAGCCAACUGGGUUACAAAAUGAUUACCCUAAUGUACAAUUGAUAUUUAAAUUGAUUAUUUUGAUGUAUUGUACUAAAUUCUAUUAUCUUACUCUCACAAUUCUCAACUGAUUCAAAGUGCUCAUCUCAUUUAGGGCAUAUAGCGCUCACUUAAAGGUCUACUGAAAUGAGAUUUUCUUAUUUAAAUGGGAAUAGCAGGUCCAUUCUAUGUGUCAUACUUGAUCAUUUCGCGAUAUUGCCAUAUUUUUGCUGAAAGGAUUUAGUAGAGAACAUCCACGCUAAAGUUCACAACUUUUGGCCGCUAAAAGAAAAGCCCUGCAAGUACCGGAAGUAUGUGCGCGUGACGUCACUGGUUGCAGGGCUCCACACAUAUUCCCAUUGUUUUUGAUGGGAGCCACCAGCAGUAAGAGCAAUUCGGACCAAGAAAGCGACAAUUUCCCCAUCAAUUUGAGCGAGGAUGAAAGAUUUGUGAAUUAGGAUAUUGAUAGUGAAGGAAUAGAAGAAGAAAAAAAGCGACGGCUCCGGGCGACGGCAGUGUGAGCGUUUCAGAUGUAAUUAGACACAUUUACUAGGAUAAUUCUGGAAGAUCCGUUAUCUGAUUAUUGUUUUAAUAGUGUUUUAGUGAGAUUUUAAAGAUUAUAAAAUAUUGUAAAGACAUACCUCGAGGUCGGAUGGCUACGGUGAACACGAAGUGUCUCAGAGAGAAGCCGAGGAGCCAAGCUCACAGCUGCUGCAGGACGACGAAUAAUCCAAUGAUUUCUCUGGUAAGACAUAUAUCACAAUUUUCCCAUCCAAAAACAUGCUGGUUGACGUAGAGAAAACAUGUUCGCUUGACCGCUCCGCUUCACAACAAACAAAGAAACAUCGGCUGUGUCUCGGUGCUAAAGACACCAACAGCAUUGUUCUUUAUAGUCUCCAUUAUUAAAUAAACAAAUUGCAAAAGAUUCAGCAACACAGAUGUCCAAAAUACUGUGUAAUUAUGCGAUUAAAGCAGACGACUUUUAGCCGCGAGUGGUGCUGAGCUAAUAUUUCCUGACAGUCAGUGACGUCACGCGUACGCGUCAUCAUUCCGUGACGUUUUCAACAAGAAACUUGCGGGAAAUUUAAAAUUGCAAUUUAGUAAACUAAAAGGGCCGUAUUGGUAUGUGUUGCAAUGUUAAUAUUUCAUCAUUGAUAUAUAAACUAUCAGACUGCGCGGUCGGUAGUAGUGGGUUUCAGUAGGCCUUUAAUGUUGUUAUGCUAGCAUGCUAACUGUUAGCAUGCUAGCCGUUGGCAUGUUAACACCUUAGCCAAUUUUCCUAGCUCUUGCCCAGCCUGAGUCACAUUUGCGACACUUCCUGAUGUGCGGAUACUAUUUUAAGGCCGAGUUCUAAAACAAAUAUCACAAAACUAACGGUUUGGGGGAUUUCAAAGAGUUGGUAUAAUGAAAAUUGGAGUACUUACAUUUUGAGCAUUGAAGGUAAGCAAGUGUAUUUAGUUGCAACCUAACUUGAAUAGUAAACAAUGUGUACGUUAUUUGAAUAGUUUUAAGUGUUACAUCAGGUUACUUUGGCGAAAGAUUGAAAAAUGCCAAAUUUAGUGAAAACUGCUGUAAGCUGGUUUGCUUUUGGCUAAUGCGCUAACAUAUCAGUAUCAGGCAGCGACAGAUAUAAAACUAAAAGUUAUGGAUAAUGUUAACAUUUAAGCCAAUUGUGUAGGUAUGCAAUUAUAGCAAAAGUAAUGGAUAUUGUUACUUGCCAUUAUCUUCUUAUCAUGCUAACUCUUACCAUUUUAGCCAAUCUUGUAAGUAUAAGAUUCAUGGAUGUUAAAAGUAACUCUUAGCACUUUAGCUAGAUUUUUUGGUAUGGAACAAAGAAAUAAUCCUGGGUACUGUUACUUUAAAAGGAUAGAAACUGGAGAAAAAAUACUUUUUAUAUCCGAGAAUGUAUUACUGAAUCCAAAUAUUCAAAAAUGGAAAGAAGGUGGUUGAAUUAAUUGCCUGUAAAUUGUUGUUAUAAUUUAGGACUUGUGUUACAUGGCAAAUGAUUCCUGUUACUUACCUAAAAACAUAAAAGUGAAUUGCAAUUAAUUGGAUGGCACUUGUUGCAUUUUCAGUUUAACAUACUGUGUAGGAGAUAAUUAAACAUUUUUUUUUUGUUCAAAUACAUUUUAUUUACUUUCUGAAUUUUGCACAAGCCUGAUAUAUAAACACAAUUCACAGUAAUCACAAUAUCUCCUUAUUUCUUUAAAAAGAUGUUCAUUAAUCAUCAAUCCUCAAAUGUUUCUACCUUGUCAACCUAAGUGGACAUUUCACCAACGCCUUAAUCUGUACAUUUAUUUAAAAAUUAAGAUGAAAUAUAUUUUCAGCCUUUCAUAAUACGGUUAAUUAUUUUGCAAUGCAGUCUGCUGGAAAUGAUUGAAAGCGCCACUCUACAUAGCAACUGGAGCUGUGGUCAAAAAUGGAAAUGCCACCAAACACAUUUUAAGAUGGACAACACUGACAUCUGGUGACUAAAGUAUAUAUUCUUUCACAUGGGGCCAUAUGAAGUACCUUGCUACUAGCAAUUGAGGCUGUGGUCAAAGUUGGAAAUGCCACAAAACACAUUCUAAGAUAUUCUACACCAGGGGUCACCAACCUUUUUGAAACCAAGAGCUACUUUUUGGGUACUGAUUAAUGCGAAGGGCUACCAGUUUGAUACACACUUAAAUAAAUUGCCAGAAAUAGCCAAUUCGCUCAAUUUACCUUUAAAAAAUAAAUCUAUGUAUGUAGAUAAAAAAAUGGGUAUUUAAUUCCGUCGUAAAUUUUUUCCCAUUUUACGGAAAUAUUUUUCUAGAGAAUAAAUGAUGAAAAAAACACUUAAUUGAACGGUUUAAAAGAGGAGAAAACAGGAAAAAAAAUAAAAAUGAAAUUUUGAAACAUAGUUUAUCUUCAAUUUCGACUCUUUAAAAUUCCAAAUUCAACCGAAAAAAAGAAUCUUUUUGAAAAAAGAAAAAAACAAUUAUGGAACAUCAUUAGUAAUUUUUCCUGAUUAAGAUUAAUUUUAGAAUUUUGAUGACAUGUUUUAAAUAGGUUAAAAUCCAAUCUGCAUUUUGUUAGAAUAUAUAACAAAUUGGACCAAGCUAUAUUUCUAACAAAGACCCAUCAUUAUUUCUUCUAGAUUUUCCAGAACAAAUUUUUUUAAAGAAAUUCAAAAGACUUUGAAAUAAGAUUUAAAUUUCAUUCUAAAGAUUUUCUAGAUUUGCCAAAAUAAGUUUUUUGAAUUUUAAUCAUAAUAAGUUUGAAGAAAUAUUUCACUAAUAUUCUUUGUCGAAAAAGAAGCUAAAUUGAUUUAUUAAAUCAAUGUGUAUUUAUUAUUAUUUACAAUUUUAAAAAAAUUACUUGAACAUUGAUUUAAAUUGUCAGGAAAGAAGAGCAAGAAAUUCAAAAGGUAAAAAGGUAUAUGUGUUUAAAAAUCCUAAAAUCACUUUAAAGGUUGUAUUUUUUUCUCUAAAAUUGUCUUUCUGAAAGUUAUAAGGAGCAAAGUAAAAAAAUAAAUACAUUUAUUUAAACAAGUGAAGACCAAGUCUUUAAAAUAUUUUCUUGGAUUUUCAAAUUCUAUUUUGAGUUUUGUCUCUCUUAGAAUUAAACAUGUCGAGCAAAGCGAGACCAGCUUGCUAGUAAAUAAAUACAAUUUUCAAAAUAGAGGCAGCUCACUGGUAAGUGCUGCUAUUUGAGCUAUUUUUAGAACAGGCCAGAGGGCUACUCAUCUGGUCCUUACGGGCCACCUGGUGCCCGCGGGCACCGCACUGGUGACCCCUGCUCUACACUCUACUGCCACCCUGCAGCUAAAUUGGAUAGUGCACUUUUUAUGUCUUGGGUGAACCACAACAAAUGUGGCCGUAUGAAUCCCCUUCCUACCGUAGGUUAACACAAUGUAUGCGUUACAUAAAGUCAACACAAACCAUGUGUCAACACUCAUGUUUUGCCUUGAAAAUUCACGAAAUUUAACCGUUACCGCCACCCUUUUUAGAAAAAAAAAAAAAGGAAUAUUUCUGUGCAGCUCAGGUAUGUUGGUGACAUAAAUAAACAACAACAAAAAAAGCGACAGAAAAAAGAUUGCAAGUACUCCGAAAAAUAUUUGUCUUGCUUUUCAUGUUUUUUACCGACUUUUUGCAAGUAAGUAUGUCAUUGCCAAUUAUGCAGAUUUGUCCACCACCCGCCCCCACAAGGCAGUACCACCAGAAGUAGAUAGCAGUCCUGUGGGAAGCACUGCUAGUGUACAUACAUAUCUCCAUGGCUGUUUACAACACAAACAGUGAAAAAAUGUCCCCUAAAUCCUUAUUGUAUAUUCCAGCAUGUUUUUGGACACCCCUGGUCAGCAUGCAUGUCAUUAAGAAGCGCCCUCACCUUAAUGUUUGUCUUUUACUGUUGUUGUGUCAAAGGUGACACAGAUACUCAAGACUUUGAAUGAAGCGAGUUGGAUGGUGUUUUGAGCUAUUUAGCGUUUGUACUUUGUUCUAAACAUCGGGAACGCUGUUAAUGAUCAUGGAUUAUUCUUUAUUCUCUAACUUGUUUUUGUUCCCUGCCUUCUGCUGCCUUACACGCGAAUUUCAACGUUUUAUAUUCCCAGCCAGCUAGCGUCACGUGAUCUGUGUCGUCAUUUACUCUCACUUUUCCUGUCCUCCCUUUUAGCCACAUUUAAAAUGUACAGUUGUGUUAUUUAAAGAUUUAUGUCCAUUCGUCGUGUUACUAAUUUUUUUCCAACUGAUCCGCAGCUUUAUUUUUUUUUGUGUGUGAUUUGGUUUUUAAUGUGUCUAGUGCUUACCUUUUUGGUUUAAUACAAACAAUAAAAGUCAUCACAGUACUUUCA